AUGAUUUGCGUUAUCGGUAGAUUACAAAACGAUGGUGACGAUAUGGUCGAUGAAUCCAAAAUUAGGAAAACAGCUCUGCCAUGUGUCAAAGCAACAUUGCAGCAAAGUAAGAUCGCCACCACUAUCGAAAUGAUUGAAGAAUUUAACUUUAUCAUGAAUGAUUAA